AUGGAGAAGGUGAAAAGUGUAGAACGGGCAGCCAUCAUAAAAAAUCGCCCAAGCAACGAACAGAAAGCGGCAGCCGCCAAUGGUAGCCCCGGUUUGAACAGCGACGCAACACAAGCGCUUCGAGUGCGACCCUCACAGCUUUACCAUCCACACGGUCAGCAGACGCUCGGAACGGGACCACUUUCGUCCGAUCGAAAGACCCACAUCGUACAGCACCAGCAGGAUCGUGUUGAGAAUGAAAAGUGUAACGAGGACGCAAACAACGGCGACAGUGGCGAGGACGAACAGGAAAAUCAAUACUUCUACGAGGAUGAAAUUUUUUGUCUCACCCCCAAAAAUGGUCACGUCAAGUUUGGCCUGGUGCUCGAUAACUACGACGAAAGCGAAGAAGAGACGGCAGAGGAAGAUGCACCAAAGCGGGGUGAAAUUCGUGCCUGUUGGCAUCCGGAUGGACGCGAAGAAAUCAUCAAACAGCGAAAGGUAGGGCUUGCCGACAGGACACUAAUGCCGGGUGAUGUUGUGCGUCGAAUGGUUCGGGGAAGGGACACGCAGCGAGGCUACUGUCACGAGAUAACCGUUAAGGCAGAUCUCCGUAUCAUCGGCACCAAGCACGUCAUCCGUAACGUGCCAUCGGAUCGACUUCGGCCACUGUUAUCCCUGCCUAAAGAUAGUGCAGUUUGUCUAGACUCAUGGGUCGGCAGCACAAAGCAAAUCAUCGAAAAGUUAAUCCUUAAAUCGUCCUGUGGAUCGCUGGUAGAAAUAUGUCCUGCCAGCGAGUUAGGAAUGUUCCGAGAUCAUAACAUGCGCUUCCGGCGAGGAUUCUUUGCGGAACCAUUGUUCUAUCCAGGGCAGCAGCUGGUGGGGCUCAUGAGCGAGCUGGCAAAUGCCAAGUGGCUCACCACGUCGAACGAGAUGAAACUUUCACGCAAGAAUUACAUGCUGGAACGAAAAUUCACCGUCCAAUCGGUGGAGCUGCAGGGUGUUUCAGUUCAUUGGCAGUGUAAGGUUUCGACCGAAGAUCUAGAACAGAAGCUGUCAGAAGGGGGCAGCUUGCAACAACCGCCAGAAUACAUCAGUAAAGAGGAUUUAAAGCGGUUGAAAAAAUUGAAUCUCUUCGAAUCGUGCAUGCUGCAGAUUAACGAUAAAAAUUAUCUAAAAAUAGAAGAAUCUGAUGUAAUCUGCUCCAAGCAGGCUUGGCGCAAGGACAUGAGCGGCAAGUAUCGGGAGCAAUUGUUGCAAGAAAGCAAAGCGAAAGUAAAGCCAAUCAAAGCUUCAACCGCAGAAGAGGAAAAGGUGACGAAAUCAGCUAAAUUGAACAACGUAGAUUCGAAGCUGACGGUUCGCAGUGCUGGAAAAGAGAAUGGAGGCCACGGUUUAUCAACAAAGCUCGCGAAUGAGGACAGUGAUGAAGGAUGGGAAACGGACGAGGAGGGUGAACAAUCGGACGGGGCCGCAUCGUCUUGUUCGGUUACAUCUAAACCUAGCCCGAGGAAAUCUCCCUUGCUGUCGAAACGUGCCUGUAAGCUGAAACGUCGCCAGUUGGCUGGCGAAUUUAGUGGCGAUCGAUUACCAGCAGCCGGGGAUGAAGUGGUCACUGAAGCACUGGUUGUCUACAGCACGGCAACGGUCGUUUGGCAGGACGGGACCAUCGAAACGAACAUUCCGUCAACCGAACUUCGUCCGAUCCAUCACCUGGAUGAUCAUGAAUUUUUUCCAGGAGAUUUUGUGCUGGCGGGCAAUACUGAUCCAGCUAAAAAUCCAUCCUUUCGUGAUUACGGUGUUAUACAGGAUGUAGAUCAUCACGGAAGAACGGCACGUGUGAAAUGGUUCAGUACGUAUACGUGCACGGCAGAACCGCAGCCAACGUAUAACGGUGAAUCGGAGGUCAGUGUGUACGAUCUGAAAGAUCAUCCAGAUUUCCAAUAUCGGCCCGGGACAAUCGUAAUUCGUGUAGCUAACUUUACCGGCGAAGAUGGUGUUUCCACCGCCGGCCAGGUAUUGGACAAUUACCCGAACGGGAUGGUGAAGGUAUGGUGGGUGGACGGAUUCGUCAGCAUGUGCUGGCCGCAGGAUAUUUUCGAGGUUGGACAAUACGAUUCGGAGAACAAUUUUUGGGGCAGCGUAGGUGAUUCGGAUGCUGAUUCGUGGGAAACGGAAGCGGAAUCCUGUCAUUUUGGUGACGCAGAUGCGGGUUCCCCAUCGGUAAUGCUGAAACCGCAGCUAACAACAAACCUGGAGCGGGCUCGCGUAGCAAUUGCAAGGCUCGAGGAGCUGUUCAACAUAAAUCCUCAUCUACAAAACCAAGAAAUUAUGAAAAAGCUUAUGAUGGUGUACAAAAAGUGUCGUUUCCUUGAUCGACUGAUGAAUACGAGUUUCUUCCACGAGCGCCAUUUUAUGGGGCUGGUAGAACGGGUACGGAAGUCAAACAAUCAGACCACGGUCGAACGAAUGCAGGAUCAGAAGAAUCGUCUGUUUAAUCAGAGUGCAUCCGGUUCGAAAACGUCCACCCCGACAGCCAACACACCGGAAGCAGUAAAAACGUAUUCCUUGCAGAGGGCACUCUUCAGUCCGAGCACACCGAACAGUCCGUCGGUCAGUAGUCCCACCGAAAAGCAGGAGGAAAACGAUAAUGCCAACUAUAACGUCGGUAUCGCCAACAUGGAGUUGGACUACGUGAACAUGUGCAUGAAAAUGAACGAAAACGCGGAGAACGAUCUAAACAAUACAAGUUCGGUGUUUGAUCUAGCCGAAGCCGGUCCCGGAUCUGACAAGCCGGAUCAGGAGGAUAAAGAAACGGGAGAGCAACUGUCGCGGGAGUGUGUCGCGGCACGGUUAUGUUCGCUACUCAAGAGUCAGCUCAUAAAAGUGCUGGAAGAGAUAAUCGAACGUUACGGGUUGGAGGAUCCUUUCAAAGAGAUUAUAUCGGUAGUAGAGAUCAAUACACCGACACUUGCCUCGAUGCCACCCUCUUGGACACCAUCUCCGGCCGGAACGCCUGAAAUUCCCAGCACCACUCCAGAUCCGAUAGCCGCAAGCUCACCAACCGUGGCAGGCAUGGAUAUGGUACCAUCCUCGCCGUCAGGCCCUGUAUCCGAAAGCUUCCAGAUAAUCGAUUCGGCACCAACUUCACACAAGUUUCAUUUAACAAUUUUUCAAACCAGCAACGCACAAAGCUUCUAUAAAGCGGUACAGCGAGAACAUUGGCUUUUGCGGACAGCUUUACCGCCCGGGGUGUGGGUUAGAACGUUUGAAGAUAGGCUAGAUUUGCUGAGCGUUAUGAUCGAGGGUCCCAAGAAAACGCCAUACGAGGAUGGUCUGUUUUUGUUCGACAUACAGCUUGGGCUGGAUUAUCCGCGCGCUCCACCGUUGUGCCAUUAUAUAAGCUACUGCACCGAUCGAUUGAAUCCGAACCUGUACGAAGACGGCAAGGUGUGCGUUUCACUGUUGGGAACCUGGUCCGGUAAAGGUACGGAAGUUUGGGGACCGUCGAGUACACUGCUGCAGGUGAUCGUGUCCAUACAGGGAUUAAUAUUGGUUGCGGAACCAUACUUCAACGAGGCAGGAUAUGAAAAGCUUCGGGGUUCGCAGCAAGGCAAGGAGAAUUCGCGUAUGUACAACGAAAUGGUACUACUGAAACUGGUGCAAUCAAUGACCAAAUUAGUGUCCAAUCCACCGGAAGUGUUCCGUGAUCAAAUUUUAACCCAUUUCCACGCUUGUGGGCAACGCAUGUAUCAUCGUCUUAAAACAUGGAUGGAACUGUCGAAUGAUUACAACCGUCGGAUUAGUGUCGCGGAACGAAAUGAAAAAGAACCAAUCGCUUCUUGUGAUUCGGGUGCUUCUCAAGCAAAAGGUGCUCCUGCUCCUGUUGCCAGCCAGGAAGAUACUGCUAUCAAGGAUGAAUUACUGUCAGAGAACAGCGAUCCUCUGGUACCGCAGCCAGAAUUUCCACUCAUUCCAGCAAGCCGUGGUUUUUGCCUCACGCUGACCGGUCUUUUGGAAGCGUUCCAAAAGCAGUUGCAACAGUUAGCAACUUUACCGGUGGCACCCCUGGCCGACGGUAAAUAA